GGUCUGCCCAGUCUGCCAACCACAGCUGCAAGUGACUCGCCCUAUUAGCCUGUCCCGCGGUAUGGCUGAUAUCCAACCAUACCGUCGUCAUCAUGCCCUGUUUACCCCUGACGUUCCUCUUCUCGUUUCUCAAGGGUCCACUUCUCAUACCCGGAACUCUCAUUGCUUUCGCCCUCUAUGACUCCCGUGGGCUAAUUUGCGCAGCUCUCACGGCCACCAUUGCCCGACGCCCUUUUUGCCCUUUGUCUCAGCUCACUUGGUCCUCCAGAUGCCUGCGGCCUCAAGGCACCUAGGCAUUGUCAUUCUCUUCCAGCUAUAGCUCAGCCAUGCGUCCUUCACUCCUCAGGCUGCUUCUCCUUUCGUUGAUAUUUAAGCAAUCACCCU